AUGGAGGGUUACCGCAGGUGCAACAACUGUGGCAAGGAAGACCACUUUGGGAAGGACUGUCCCAACCUUGCCAGGGCAGCAACACGCCCUCCGGUUCAGACUCCCCAUCAGCAUCACAAGAGGGACAAAGGCAACAGGCCUCAGGCGACCGGCAGGGUGUAUGCUAUGUUAGGAGCUGAGGCAUCAGGCUCAGGUAACUUGGUUAUGGGUAGUUGCAUGAUAGUUGGUACUUCUUGUUGUGUGUUGUAUGAUUCUGGAGUGACACACUCCUUUGUGUCAAAUACAUGUAUGGAACGGUUAGAUGUGUCGGUGCGUGACCUGCAGUGUGAACUUGCGCUGUCUACUCCGGCGUCGGGUUUAUUCAGCACGUCGUCCUUAUGUGCUAGGUGUCAGGUGGAGGUAGAGGGACGCAGGUACAGGGUGAACCUAAUAUGCCUGUCUCUACAAGAGUUGGAGGGUGUUAUGAAGGAACUCCAUGACACCGCGCAGUGUUAUAUGAUCUUCACACAUCUAGUGGUGGAGGGAGGAGAGACGACGUCAGUAAUACCAGAUGUGCAGGAUUUUGAGGAUGUGUUCCCAGAAGAAGUGUCAGGGUUACUGCCCCGCAGAGAGGUAGAGUUCUCUAUUGAUCUAGUGUCGGGGACAGGUCCAGUAUCGAUGGCUCCCUACCGCAUGGCUCCAAUGGAGUUGGUUGAACUUAAGAAACAGAUAGAGGAACUGAUGGCGAAACAGUUUAUCCGACCCAGUACUUUGCCUUGGGGAGCGCCAGUGCUUUUAGUGAAGAAGAAGGAUGGGAGUUCGCGAUUGUGUGUGGACUAUGGAUAG